AUGAGUCCGUCCACGUCGCCCGAGAGCGGCAUCAGUGCCGGGACCAAGAGGGGCCUGGAGCACACCAGCUCCGGCGUCUUCCCCGCCGCGAGCAGCGACGAGGACGACGGCGGCGGCGAUGGAGCCGGCGGCCGCAAGAAUCUUAGGAUGUCCAAGGACCAGUCCGCCGUCCUCGAGGAGUGCUUCAAGACGCACAGCGCGCUCAACCCUAAGCAGAAUAAGGCGCUAGCGAACCGGCUGGGACUGCGGCCGCAGCAGGUGGAGAACAAGCGCCUCGAGAAGGAGGUGGCCGAGCUCAGGGCGCUCAAGGCCGCACCGCAGGCACACAACGGCGCCUCGGAGGGGCCGCUCACCACCCUCACCAUGUCCCUCUCCCGCAAGCGCGUCGCGUCCACGUCCUCCGCCUCGGCCUGCACCGUGCCCCGUUUUUCUGCCAAUGCCGGCACCGGCAUGCCAAUGCCAUCCCUCAAAGAAUGGCAAUUCUUCUGUGCGUUCAGAGACACCGGAGCGAUGUAUGGUGGUUCUUCGAGGCUCGCGAAGGUGGUCAAGCCGGCCAGAUAG